AUGAGCAUGCAUGGUGGUUCUCGAGGACAGAUCCCGAACCAGAAUCCGAAUCAUAACGUGUCGAAUGCCUGGGGUGAAUCGCGCGAUCAGCUCGCUGCCGCCAGCGGCGCUGGCGGACCAGCCCAGGAGCCGCAUGUUCCCGUAAGAGGGUUCAAUGCUGCAGAGGCCAAGGGAGCUCUUAGGAGAGCACCGAAACCCUUCUUCUACAAAACCGGAGGAAAAGACGCGAACAAUCGUCCGAGCGGACCGUGGGGAUCCAAACCCAAUGCUAUGGCAAACGGGAAGGAUUUCUUCCUAGAGCUUCGAAAGCAGGUGACCACUUUGAAACAGGAUGGGAAUAUCGCGGGUGGUUGA